UUCUUUCAUUAAACCCUACUGUUCUGUUCUGGCAAAGCAAAAGCGGUUAACCCAACAUGGACGAGGAGGAACGUGGCGUAGGAAUUUCUGUCCCGAGGGUUGUCGCCGCCAACCAAACCCCAGAGCAACUCGUCUCCAGGGCCAUAGCCCCCGUCAAGAAGGAAUUCCUCCGGCCCCCUCCGGUUCGGUCUUCCGCUCCAGACGACGACGUUUCCAUUCCCAACGAAAACAAGACCUCUGUUCUGGCCAAGGAGAAGAAGUCUAAGCGCCAACUCAAACGCGAACGUCGUCAGGUUCAAAAGUCGGCAAAAAACCUAUGUCCACAAAUUGCGAAGACGGGGGAUGUUAGUUCGUGUCCGUAUAAAGACAAAUGUCGUUUCAGCCAUGAUUUGGAAGGCUUCAAGGCGCAGAAACCGUCUGAUCUAGAUGGACAAUGCCCGUUCGUUAAAUCUGGAGUUUCUUGCCCUUAUGGCUUAACGUGUAGAUUUUCGAGUACGCAUGAAGGUGGUGUGCCUUCUUGCGUUCGAAAUGGUCCGAAGAAUAGUUCCGAGGUGAAUGGAUUGAGCAAGGAGGUUCAAAAGCUUUUGUGGAAAAAUAAGAUGACCUUCUCGAAGGCAGAUGCCAAACUCAAAAGUCUCGGUCUCCUGGGAUCGUCUAAGUCAAUAAGGAAUGACUUGGAAAAUAAAGAGGGAGUUGACACUGGUUCAAAUAAGUGUGAUCAUUCUGAUGACAGUGGCUCUUGUGUUGUUACGUCUGACUCAGGUUCUAAGUUGGACUGCCCUGCUGAAGUUAUGAAAGAUGGUGAGAAUGACAUAGAUGGAAAAUCUGAAUCUGAUGAACUUUGUCCCCUGAAGCGAAGAAAAACUGAAGAAAAUUGUGGUCCUGAAGAGGCACAAAAUGAAGAGAAUUGUGGUCCUAAGGAGUCAAAAAAUGAAGGUGUUACUGAGAAAAUUGUUGAAAGGAGAUGCACGAAAUCUGAAGCUGAUGCUAUAGUCCCGGAAACUGAUCUAAGCCUGAAGCCUCACUCGCGUGAGAAGAAGCUUAUUGAUUUCAGGGGGAAGUUGUAUCUUGCACCCUUAACUACUGUUGGCAAUCUCCCUUUCCGGAGAGUUUGCAAAGAAUUAGGUGCUGAUGUGACUUGUGGUGAAAUGGCAAUGUGCACAAAUCUUUUGCAGGGUCAAGCAUCAGAAUGGGCAUUGCUAAGACGACAUUCAUCUGAAGAUUUUUUUGGUGUACAAAUCUGUGGGGCAUAUCCAGAUACUGUGGCACGAACAGUUGAACUAAUAGAGCAAGAAUGUACUGUAGAUUUUAUUGACAUAAAUAUGGGUUGCCCUAUUGACAUAGUUGUGAAUAAGGGUGCUGGAUCAGCUCUUUUAACAAAACCAACGCGGAUGAAAAGUAUCGUAGAAGUAGCUUCGGGUACAGUGGAUAAACCAAUAACUAUCAAGGUAAGGACUGCUUAUUUUGAAGGGAAGAACCGCAUUGAUUCUCUGAUAGCAGACAUUGGCUCUUGGGGAGCCAGCGCGGUGACAAUACAUGGUAGGUCACGUCAACAACGCUAUAGCAAGCUUGCUGACUGGGACUAUGUAUACCAGUGUGCCAGGAAAGCCCCUACUACAUUGCCAGUAGUGGGAAAUGGAGAUGUGUUUUCAUUUGUAGACUGGAACAACCACAGAACUGAAUGCCGUGAACUUGCUACGGACAUGAUUGCUCGUGGUGCACUUGUUAAACCUUGGAUAUUUACAGAGAUCAAGGAACAAAGACAUUGGGACAUCAGUUCUGGGGAGCGACUAAAUAUUCUCAAGGAUUUUGUGAAUUUUGGUCUGGAACAUUGGGGUUCUGACACAAAAGGGGUUGAGACAACAAGGCGGUUCUUGUUGGAAUGGCUUAGCUACACUUGCAGGUAUAUACCCGUUGGUCUUUUGGAUGUAGUUCCACAACGGUUAAACUGGCGUCCACCUUCUUACUAUGGGCGUGAUGAGCUUGAGACACUAAUGGCCUCAGACUCUGCUGCUGAUUGGAUACGAAUAUCAGAGAUGCUACUCGGCAAGGUUCCUGAUGGCUUUACAUUUGCACCAAAGCAUAAAUCAAACUCAUACGAUAGAGCUGAAAAUGGUUAAUUCUGGUGAUUCUUAUUUUGAUGAGAACCAUUUUCUUCUCUACUGCUGACUCAUGAGGAGACAUCUGGUGUGUAUUUGACUAUUUGAUGUCUUUCCCAUUUCUUACUGCCCCGUGUUAGCUGGAAAAAGCUGAAGAGACAUUAGGCAGCAUUCUUAUCUAUUUGUUUCAUUGGGGGAAUUGUUCAUCAUUGACUUUGACUUUGAUUUUGAUUUCGAUUUCUCAACCCAUAUUCUAUAGUUUCAGUCCUCUCUACUAAGAAGAGACUGAACAUUUAAUAAAAUUUGACGUUUGUAGUGUAAGCAUUAAUUGUUUAGACUUGGGUCAAUUUUGACUUUUGUGCUCGCAAUACUCAUUUAUGUGGUGAGUAGGGUUGUUGGAGAGAAUUACCCAUGUUUAAAUGUGUUUCAAUUUAUAUGAACUUGUCUGUUCUUUCAUUUCUAGGGAGGUGGUGAAAAAGUGAACCACACACCCGUCAUCGACCAUUCCUUUCGUGGUACCAUGCUAUUCGUGAAGUGUCGUGAUAAGUCACAAUACUUAAUUUGACUACACUAAAAGAACGACACGAAUGAAUUAAGGUUUUAAUAUGUUGACAAGCAUUACAACAUCGAAACAAAGGAAAAUCAAAAGUUCUUAUGCUUUUGUGCUUUUUUGUUGUUGCUUGAGGACAAUUUGAAAUUACAGUUGUUAUUUUUUUCCUUUGGAUCGGCAUUAUGAUUUUACACUUCAUUUUUUUUUCUCUUUAGGUUAGAGAUGGUUUUCUAUUCUACGAAUAGACAUUAUUUCGUUACUUUUAAUGUUCCACUAAAGCAACAAAAAUUUGUGUUUGGGAUCAACCUCACCUUUUGUAAAAUGCGAGAUUUUCUAUGUUCUUGGAUAGAGGUUAUUCUCCUUCCUACUUUGAGAUACUAUCUCUUUUUUUGAUAAAUGAUCUACAAAUAGCUUUUUUGUAAUUAUAAGCUAAAAGAAAAAAAAAUAGAAAAUAUGAAGGGCUGUAAAAAGUUACUAGGAUGCUAUUGAGAUGUUUUCUCCUGUUACUCAGUCAUUAUUUCGUCAUUUUGGUAUUGCACAUAUAAACAACAGCUGUUUUUUUUUUAAAAAAGUGGGAUCAUCACUUUUUAGUUUUUUGGAUUGAGACUACUUUCUUGUACUCAUUAUUUUGGUCUUGUUGUGUAGUAAGCCGUGUAUGAACAAAGUUGGAAAAAAUGCGACAGCCCGCCGGUGUCUAUAUUGAAGGAAUAAGGCGAUGCCAUUGGUAACAAAACCAUUUGAUGAUCACUAGAAACUACUUUUAAUAUUAUGACCUUGUAGUUAUCCAACAAAGCACAUUGUCAAAUAUUAAAACAUAGUUUAAUUAUAACAACAAAUCAAAAGUAACAACUGCUUUAAAGAUGUACAAAAACAUUAUUAAAAGUAUCAAAUAAGUUUCUCCUCUUAACCAGUGUUAUAUACUUAGAUAGAUAUAGAAAAUUAACAGUUCCUUAAAUGUUUGAAACAUUUAUGUUCCAUAGUUCAUUCUAUUUGAGUAAUUUUAAGGAACUACAUUGACAAAAAACAUCAUUUCAGAAUUUAAUCUGGUGUGUCCCUCCAAUUCUAAACAAGGAGAGAGCUCCAUAUAUGCAUAUCUUAACACACUUGCAGACCAACAAAGGGGACUUAUUAAGCAGUGGGUUUCGGGAAUCCCGAUUACUGUGUAUAAUUAUAGCUUCUUGUAGUAGUAGUAGUAGUGUAGUGUGUGUGGUUUGACAUAUUCCUCUACACAACCCAACAACCAAUACCCACUUAGCUUACCCUUACCCAACAAACAUAAGAAAACAGAACAUAACAGAACCCUUACCAUUUCUCAGACACUAACAAUGUUAUUCCCAGCCUCCUGGUUUCUAGCCCAAACCUCGUCCUCAAUAGGUUUCAAACUGCCAUUGAAAGCAUCUUCCCAAUCUAACUUAUUGAGGCUGUUGGGUUUAAGUUCGUCCGGCUGAACAGGGUAUUUUCCGGAGAAGCAAGCAUAGCAGUAGUUAGGGGCAUCAUCCUCCAACAAACUCUUCAACGUGUCCAAGGGAAGAAAAGCGAGGGAAUCAGAGCCAAUGAACUUCCUUAUUUCCUCCACAUUCAUCCUGUUGGAAAUCAAUUCUUCCUUACUGGGGGUGUCCACACCGUAGUAACAUGACGCAACAAUGGGUGGACACGCAAUCCUCAUGUGGACCUCCUUAGCACCCGCCUCCUUUAUCAGCCUCACAAUCUUGGAAGAUGUGGUGCCCCUCACAAUGGAGUCAUCCACCACCACAACCCUCUUCCCUUCAAGCACGCCACGCACCGGAGACAGCUUCAGCUUCACUCCAAAAUCUCUUAUUUUCUGCGAGGGCUCGAUGAAAGUCCUCCCCACGUAGUGCGACCUUAUCAACCCCUGCUGAAAGGGAACCCCAGCUUUUGCAGCGUAGCCAAGCGCAGCCACCACCCCAGAAUCGGGAACCGCAAUCACAACGUCGCACUCAACGGGGCUCUCAGUGGCCAGUAUUUCCCCGAAUUUCCUCCUGGACUCGUACACAGACCUCCCGAAGACAACAGAGUUGGGAAGUGCGAAGUAUAUGUGCUCGAAGAUGCAUUGCUUUGGCUCCUGAUGAGUCACGAGGCAGAGGGAUUGGAUUCCCGUGUGGUCCACCACCACAACCUCACCCGGGUUCACCUCUCUCUCAUACGUCGCAUCGAUCAAAUCCAGCGCGCAUGUCUCCGAGGCGAAAACCACAGCGCCGUUCUUUCUCCUUCCCAUCACCAAAGGUCGGAACCCGAAGGGGUCCCUCACGGCCACCAGCUUGUCCUCCGUGAGGAACACCAGGGAGUACGCCCCCUUCAGAUUCUCGCAGGCAUCCACGACUCUGAGUAGGAAAGGUCUGUGCUUGGAGGUGGCGAUCAGGUGGAGCACGACCUCGGUGUCGGAGGUCGUGUUGAAGAUGGACCCGUUGUCUUCCAGUUUGGCGCGCAGAGAGCGGUAGUUCACGAAGUUUCCAUUGUGCGCGACGGCGACGGAGCCGAAACGGUAGCCGGCGACGAAGGGUUGGACGUUCACGAGCUUGGAGUGGCCAGCGGUGGAGUAGCGGACGUGGCCAAUGGCGCAGGAGCCGGGCAGCUCAGAGAGCUUAGCCUCGUUAAAGACGUCAGAAACGAGGCCAACACCGUUGACUGAGUGGAAGAGGUUGUCGUGGACGGCGACGAUGCCGGCGCCUUCCUGACCACGGUGCUGGAGGGCGUGGAGGGCGAGGGAGCAGAGACGGGAGGCUUCUGGGUCGCCGUAGAUGCCCACAACGCCGCACUCUUCGCGAGGCUUUUCGUCAUCAUUGACAGAGGCGAAAGUGUUUGUGGUUUUGGUGCAUGGGAGAGGCAGAGUGUAGCGGGGAUUGUGGGUGGAAUGAGAGAGAAGGGUUUGAAAGGAGUUUGUGUUGUUGAGAAAAACGGUGUUACUGUUGACGCUGAAGCUUUGUGUGUUGAACAAAGGGAAAGAAGAAGGUUUGGAGUGUGAAGAGGAGCAGAGGGUGGAGAGAUUAGACGCGGCCAUGAUAAGAAGAAAAACAGAAGAACACGAU